GGUUGACUCUGAGCAUGCCCAGUCAGGCCGACCUGCAGUGGACCAUGUUCCCGUCUCCGUUCCUGGGCGCCGUGGGUCCUGACGCCUCGCCGGGCUCCGUGGUCUACCGGCUGUCGGCACGGCAACGAGACGGGACGCUGGGACACGCCCACUUCCUCCUGCUGGACGGUGGAGACGAGUGCUUCGAGGUGGACCGGCGCUCCGGAGAGAUCCGGACCACGGGGCGACCUUUGACCCCCAGUAAGGAGUACCUGCUGCGGGUUCAGGCGACAGACGGCAGCGGGCGGCGUGGCCCAGCGGUUGCCGUAGCGAUCCUCGCAGGUUACCGCCCGCCGCAGUUCACCAACGCCACCUACAGCCUCAACGUCCCCGAGAACGCCGCCGUCGGCCCGCCCGUGUCCCUGGUGCGGGCCGUGUCCUUCCAGAAGAAGCCUCUGUCCUACAUGCUGCUGGUGAAUCCUGGGAACGUGUUCAGCAUCAACCAGGAGAACGGAGCGCUGAGUCUGACUCGCAGCGUCGACUACGAGAGCGGACACAACCUGCACACGCUGCAGGUCCGCGUGUCGGAGCCCGACACGGGGCUCAGCGCCGUGGCCCAGGUUGUGGUCCACAUCACAGAUGAGAACGACUGUACUCCUGAGUUCCUUCACUCCAUCUACACCAGAGACAACGUACCUGAGAGCAUCUCACUUGGAACCUCCCUGCUGCAGGUCCUGGCUAGAGACUGUGACUCUGGUGUGAACUCUGACCUCUCCUACUUCGUCCAUGUGGAGGAGUUUGUCAUCACGUCGGGGGGCGUGGUCAGUCCGGCCCGUCGCCUUGACUACGAGAGACCCAAUCACGUCUACGAGUUCGUGGUGGUUGCCGUGGACGCAGGGACGCCGCCGCGGACGGGAACCGCCUCCGUCCGCAUCCGAGUCACCAACAGCAACGACGAGGCGCCCGUCUUCUCCCAGAACGCCUAUAAAACGUUCCUCAGCGAGGACGCCGGUCCCGACACGCUGGUCGCCAUCGUCCACGCCAACGACCCGGACGGGGACGCCGUCUCCUACGCCAUCACCGGGGGCAACGAGGACAGCAACUUCCUGCUGGACAACCAGAAAGGCAUCAUCAAGCUGCGGAGGAGCCCCCCCCCGAGGCUCCGGGGCCCUCAGUACGUCCUGAACAUCACGGCCACCGACGACAACGCGUCCGGCGGUCCGUUCCCGCUCAGCAGCGCCGCGCAGGUCAUCGUAGGGAUCAACGACAUCAACAACAACAAGCCGCUCUUCCACCAGUGUCAGAACUACAGUCUGAACGCCGUCGUCCUGGAGAACCAGCCGCCGGGGACGUUUGUCCUGCGCGUCCAGGCCGUGGACGCCGACAUGGGAGUCAACGGGGAGGUCCGAUACGGCAUCAUGCACCGGGACGGCGUCUCCUCCGGGUUCGACAUCCACCCAGACACCGGUGUGAUCACCACGGCGACCAGCUUCGACCGCGAGCGCCAGAGGGAGUACACGCUGUCGGUGACGGCCACCGACCGGGCCGAGGAGCCGCUGAUCGGCAUCUGCCAGGUCACCGCCGUCAUCGCCGACCAGAACGACAACGACCCCAAGUUUGAGAACAGCCGCUACCAGUACUUCCUGCGGGAGGACACUCCGGUAGGAACUAGUUUCCUGCGAGCGGCGGCACACGAUGACGACCAGGGGAGCAACGCGGCCAUCACCUACUCGCUGUCCAAUCAGGAGCCAGCAUACCUGCACAUCAACCCCCGGACCGGCUGGAUCUACGUCAACCACCCCAUCUCACAGACGUCCAGGAUCAACCAGCAGAUCGUGGCGACGGACGGAGGGAACCGCAGCAGCUCCGUGGAUCUCACCGUCAUCAUCACCAACGUCCACAACCAGCCGCCGCACUGGGAGCAACCCGAGUACUGGGUCACCGUACCGGAAAACACCGUGAGGGACGCCAAGAUAGUGACCAUCAAGGCCACGUCCCCCCUCGGGGACCCCCGGGUCACCUACAACCUGGAGGAGGGCCAGGUCCCGGAGACCAACAUGCCGGUUCGGUUCUACGUGAAGCCCAACCGGGCCGACAGCUCCGCCUCCAUCCUGGUGGCGGAGAACCUGGACUACGAGACCACCAGGUUCUUCACGCUCAGGGUCCGAGUCCAGAACGUGGCCGCCGUCCCCCUCGCCUCCUUCACCGCCGUCUACGUCAACGUCACAGACGUGAACGACAACGUGCCGUUCUUCCUCUCCUCCACCUACGAGGCCACGGUGCCUGAAGGAGCUCAGAUCGGGACCUCGGUGGCUCAGGUCUCCGCCACCGACCUGGACUCUGGUCUCCACGGGAUGGUCCACUAUGUGAUCCUGAAGGACGAGAGCGGAGACUCUCAGUUCUUCAGCAUCGACGCUCUCAGCGGCGUCAUCGUUACCACGGCAACCUUCGACCGCGAGCAGAAAGCUUCCUACCUGAUCGAGGUCCAAUCACAGGACGGAUCAGAGUCAGCCAGACCAGGACAACAGGGACAGCCCAACACUGACACGGCGUACGUCAGGAUCUUCGUCACCGACGUCAACGACAACGCGCCGGCGUUCGUCCAGCCGGUGUACGAGGUCAGCGUGGAGGAGGACAAGGAGGUCGGCUUCGUCCUCAUCACCGUCACCGCCAACGACGAGGACGAAGGCGCCAACGCCAAGCUGCGCUACCAGAUCACGGCGGGGAACGCCAUGGGGACCUUCGACGUGGAGCCCGAGGUGGGCACCAUCUUCGUGGCCCAGCCGCUGGACUACGAGCUGGAGCAGCGCUACGAGCUGCGGCUGGUCGCCUCCGACGGGAAGUGGGAGAACGAGACGCUGGUGGUGGUUCAGGUGGUCAACCGCAACGACGAGGCGCCCGUCUUCAGCCAGACGGAGUACCACGCCGCCGUGACCGAGGAGCUCACGCAGCUGCCCGUCUUCAUCCUGGAGGUUUCCGCCACAGAUCCGGACCAGGAGGCCGACCAGACCGCCCUGCGCUACUCCCUCCAUGGCCAGGGCGCCGGUGGUGAGUUCACCAUCGACGAACGGACGGGAAGAAUCUACGCCCAGCGGCGCCUGGACCGCGAGGAGCGCCCGGCCUGGAGGUUCCUCGUCCUCGCCACAGACGAGGGCGGGGCGGGACUCACGGGGUUCGCCGACGUGCUGUUGGAGGUCCGAGACGUCAACGACAACGCGCCCUUCUUCCCGUGCCCGGCGCUGGAGGUCGACGGGUGUUUUGUCGGGCAAGUGCCUGAGAACUCGCCGGCCGACACCUCGGUCAUGGAGAUGCGCGCCAUGGACCUGGACGACCCCAACGAGGGCAAGAACGCCAUGCUGACCUACAGCAUCAUCAAGAACGUACGCAACGAGAUCAACCUCAACCUGUUCUCCAUCAACGCCAGCACCGGCACCAUCUACACCGUGCUGCGCUCCCUCGACCGCGAGGCGGAGCAGCGCUACCUGGUGGUGGUGGAGGCGAGGGACGGAGGGGGGUUGGCGGGGACGGGGACGGCCACCAUCAUGGUUUCAGACGUCAACGACCAUCCCCCCGUCUUCACCCAGAGGCUCUACAGCGCUCAGGUGACGGAGGACCUGGAGGUGAACAGCGAGGUUCUCGUGGUUUCUGCCACGGACGGAGACGAAGGCGAGAACGCCGUGGUCACCUUCAGCAUCGUUGGCGGCGACGAGGACAGGAAGUUCUUCGUGGAGACGGACAAAGUGAACCGGCGCGGCGUCAUAAAGCUCAAGAAGAAGGUGGACUUCGAGAAGCCCCGCGAGAGGACCUUCAACCUGACGCUGAAGGCCGAGGACGCCGACUUCUUCAGCCUGGCCCACUGCCUCGUCCAGGUGGAGGACGCCAACGACCACGCCCCCGUCUUCUUACCGCAGUUCUACGAGGCGCCCGCCAUGUCCGAGGACGUUCCCGUGGGGACGAUCGUCGCCCAGGUAACCGCUUCUGAUCUGGACUCGGGCCAGAAUGGACGCUUCUCGUACAGCAUCUCCAAAGAGUCGGACCCGUACGGCCAGUUCCUGGUGGACCAGUCCGGCUGGGUGGUCGUGGCCGAUUCUCUGGACCGGGAGAAGAUCUCGCAGCACCGGAUCAUGGUCCUCGCCGUGGACGCCGGGAGUCCUCGGCCUCUGACCGGUACCGCCAUCGUGAUGGUCACCGUCCUCGACGUCAACGACAACGGGCCGGAGUUCGAGGUCGCCUACGAGCCGGUCGUCUGGGAGAACACGGCGGCGCCGCAGCCGGUCCGCAUGAACGACACCUCCUUCCUCCUCCACGCCACCGACCGCGACACCUCCGCCAACGGCGGGCCGUUCUCCAUCCGGCUGCUCAUGCUCACCUCCGACGCCGCCAGCUUCAAUUUGACCGACUUUCGGAACGGCAGCGCAGCCGUCACGGCGCUCCGGACCUUCGACCGCGAGCGGCAGAAGGAGUACCGCCUCCCGAUCCUCAUGAUUGACAGCGGCUCUCCUCCAAUGAGCUCCACCGGCACGCUGACGGUCGUCAUCGGCGACAGGAACGACCACCCCCACUCCCCGGGACACACACACUUCGUCGUCUACAGCUAUGAGGGUAUUCUCCCGACGACGGCGCUCGGACGAGUUCAAUCCCCCGACCUUGACGACUGGAGUGAGAAGGUGUACCGGUUCGAAGGAAAACCAUCCAGGUUGUUCAGUCUGAACCAGAGCUCUGGUCUGAUCAGCAUCAGGGACGGGGCCCCUCCAGGAUCCUACCGCCUCCAGGUCCGGGUCUCGGACCAGACCUGGCCCGACGUCACCUCCACGGCUCAGGUGGACGUCCGGGCGCUGCCGCAGGACGCCCUGAGGAACGCCGCGUCCCUCCGCCUCAACAACCUGACCCUGGAUCAGUUCUUCAGCGGCGGCGAGGAGGAGAGCCUCUUCUCCCGUCUGGCUGCGGCGCUGGCCGACCUCCUGCAGACUCCGCCCACCAACGUUCUGAUCUUCUCCGUGGGCGACGCCGGCCAGCGGGGCGAGAAGGCGCUCAACGUUUGGUUCGCCGCUCACGGCUCGCCGUUCUACAGGAAGGAGAGGCUGCUGGGAUACGUGGCGGCAAACAGAGACAAGCUGGAGGCGGCGGUGGGCGUGUCCGUGUCCCAGGUGGGCGUGGACGAGUGUGCGUCCUCAGAGUGCGGGGGGUCCGGAGGCUGCAGCAGCGAGGUGGCGUUUAGCCCCGCCCCCCUGGCGCUCAGCUCGGGGAACACGUCCCUGGUGUCCCUGAAGGCGUCGUCCACGGCGCGCUGCGGCUGCCGGGGCCGCGAGGCGCCCCACCUGCCCUGCUCCGCCUACCCCACCAGCCCCUGCCUCAACGGGGGCACCUGCACCGACGGACCAAUGGGCUACAGGUGUAGGUGUCCUCCCAUGCUGGACGGUCCUGAGUGCCAGCAGACCAAACACAGUUUUGGGGGUCAGGGCUUCGCCUGGUUUCCUCCCAUGAUGCUUUGCUUCCAGAGUCACAUCUCUGUGGAGUUCCUGGCCGAGUCGGCCAACGGGCUGCUGCUCUACAACGGCCCGCUAGGCCCCGCCCACAGCGGCGAGCAGGAGGACUUCAUCGCCGUCGAGUUGAGGAACGGUGUCCCAGCUCUGAGUAUAAAUCACGGCUCGGGGACUCUGACGCUGCAGCUGCCGCCACAAUCCACCGUCACCGACCGCCGCUGGCACCGCCUCGACAUCACCAGCGACGGGAAGGCGGUGCAGCUGGUCCUGGAUCAGUGUGGGGGGGCGGUGCUUAGCGAGGUGGAGGGCGUUACCGGGGACGACCAGGAGACGGACGAGUCCAGCUGCAGAGCUGCAGGAGAGACGCCAGGACACCAGAGGUACCUGAACGUCUUCCAGCCUCUCCAGUUAGGAGGAGUCAAAGAAUCGUCUCCUCAUCGUCGUUAUCGUAGUUUCACCGGCUGCAUCCGCAACCUGCAGGUGGACAGCCAGGUGUAUGACCUGGCGUCUCCUGGUGAGAGCGUGGACAGCGUGGCGGGCUGCCGGCUGACUGAUGGUGUGUGUGUGACGGCGUCUGCUCCUUCCUGUGGCCUCCGCGCCUCCUGCCUGGCGGACUGGGGCUCCUUCAGCUGCUGGUGCCAGCCCGGCUUCACCGGACACAAGUGUGACAAAGCCGUCCCAGAGUUCUCCUUCGACUCCUCCAGCGUGGUCCGUUACCAGCUGAGAGGAGGCGGCAGCGCUCGGCGCACCAACAUCCAGCUGCUCCUCCGGACCCGCGCCUCCUCCGGGACCCUGCUCUCCUUCACGUCCCGGGAGGCCAACGAGUACAUCGUCCUGGAGAUGGCGGAGGGUCUCCUCUCGGUGCGGGCUAACCUCGGAGACGGCGCCCACGCGCUGCGUCUGCCCGGCCACCGCCUGGACGUGGGUCAGUGGGUGGAGGUGGCCCUCAGCCGCCAGGACAACCUGUUCUCCCUCCGGCUGGAGCGCGGGGGCGGCUCGCGGGAGGUCCGGGCCCGGCUGGGGAGCCGGCGGGAGCUGGUGGUCCACCCGGCCAGCCUGAUGGUCGGCAACGGGCCGACGCCCGGAGACCAGACCCACUUCCAGGGCUGUCUGCGGGACGUUCGUUUUAACGGCCAGGCGCUCCCUCUGGACGGGCGGAGUCAGGACCUGGUGACGGUGCUGGAGCGCCGCGGCGUCUCCUCUGGUUGCUAUAGCAACGCCUGCAGCAGCUCGCCGUGCCGCAGCCCGCUGCGCUGCACCGACCUCUGGAGGAAACACCAGUGCAAGUGCCCCGGCGGUCAGGUGACGGUGACGGACGAGUCUGGUCCCCGCUGCGUGGCGUCUCCGUGCGGAGCGGCGUCCUGCCGUAACGGCGGCGUCUGUCUGCCGCUGACGGCCGACAGCUUCCGCUGCCGCUGUCAGGACGGCUUCAGGGGCCAGCGCUGCGAGCUGGGCCAGGUCAAAGGUCACCGGCUGGCCGCCCUCAGCCCCAGCUCCAUCCUCGCCAUCAGCAUGUGUCUGCUCGUCUUCUUCGCCGUGCUGGUGGCGGUGACGGUGUGGAACCAGAAAGGAAGCCGUAACAAGUUCAGGAAGCGAGGAGUUUACCACAUCCCUGCAGAGCACGAGAGCUGGGAGGACAUCAGGGAGAACAUCCUGAACUACAACGAGGAGGGGGGGGGGGGAAACGGCUAUGACAUCACGGAGCUGAAGCGCCCGCUGUGCUCCAGUCUGUCCCAGUCCUCGUCCUGCACCACGGCGCCGCUCAUCAAGUCGUCUCCGGGCUCCCAGGAGGAGGUGCACCCGUCAGGCUCCUCCUGCAGCUCCGGAGCUCCUUACCUCAGCAUCCCGCACCUCCUCCACCAGCAGCAGCAGCAGCAGCAGCACCUCCUGCACUACCAGCACGCCACCGCCACCAGCAGCUACGCCGCCGACGCCACCUACGCCAACUUCACCGGCGCCCCCUCGGAGGCGGAGGCGGGCUCGCGCUCCCACGUGGACUUUAAAAGCUACGUGGCGAGAAUCAUCUGGGAGGCGGACAACGACGGCGAGGCGCUGCCGCCGGACAGCUUCCACGUGUGGAGCGUGGAGGGCGCGGGGUCGGCGGCGGGGAGCCUCAGCUCGCUGGGCUCGGCCGCGUCGCGCCGGAACGUCGUGGUCGCCCCCGGAGACGAGGACGAAGACGACGAAGAGGACGAAGGGUUCGUCUACGACACGCUGGCCCGCUGGGGGCCAAAGUUCCAGACGCUGAGCGAGAUGUACGACCGGCCCCCGAUGGCGCUCUGCUACCGGGACGCCGCGAGCUACAGGGACCAGAGGAGCCACCAACCGCUGCCACAGCACCACUAG